AAAGACCCACUAUAUUAAAAAAAAAUUCCUUUUCUCAUUUUGGACCUCUUCCUUACCUUUCUCUCUCUCUCCAAGAUUUUCUUUGUUCUACAGCCAAAAAAAGGAGACCACUUCAGAAUCAGAUCAUCCUAUUCCUAUUUUUACAUCCUAUCCGCUUUUGCUUAAAUUAUCCUCCAAAUCCGGAUUUCCUUGAUCCUUGUAACCCCUUCCUUUUAUUCAUCCAUUCCCAUUUCAUUUUCCGCCUAAAAUUAGACAAUAUCUUAACACUUUCUUUAAUCAAAAACCCCAUUUCACUAACCAAUUUCUCUUUGUAAUUGCAUUGAUCUAUUUCUGGGUUUUGCCUUUCUCUUCAUUCUUUAACCUGAGUUCUUCCUUUUCUUUUCUUUUUUUGUUUAAUUUUUUCUUUUAAAUUCAUCUUCUUUGUUUUGAAUUUUCACUUGGGAGCCCACCUGAAAAAGGAAAAAGGAAAAAGGUACAUUUUUCCCCUUUUCCGGUGGAGUAAAUACACACACACACAUAUAUAUAUAUAUAUAUAUUAAACGCAAUUUGGACUUUUUCUCUUUUUGGAGGAAAACCCAACUAACCAUGGCCAUUGGAAUGUGAGAUUUUGGUGAUAUCCUGUGUCUGCAACUCUUCAUUCAUGGAUUUUUGAGCUGGUGUUUCUUUCUUGCUUGACAAGGGCAUCUGACCCCUAAAGGUUCUAUCUUUCUUUCUCUCUCCAUCUAUUCGUCUCUUCCUUUAUCCCUCUUGAUCUAUCACAAUAACCCAGAAGCCAAAAUGUAUGGGACUCAAAGCAAAAGAGACCUUGCUUUAGAAUUUCAAUCCCAGAUACCGAUUCUGAGGCCCAGCAUCCAUUCUAGGAGGGCUAAUCUCACUGUGAAGUUCCAAGACCUUUAUAUGUUUACAGUAGAAGGGAAUGUUGAUGAUGUUAAUGUGUUGAAUGAGGUGAGAGAGAAGGUGCGGAAGCAAGGUCGGGUUUGGUGGGCAUUGGAAGCCAAUAAAGGUGCAAAUUGGUAUCUGGAGCCUUCCAUAUCUGAAGGGAUUGCCUUAAAAUCUUCUCUUAAGUUUUCCACUCUUGCCAAUGCUAUUACCUUGAAGAGGCUUAUUAGGAAGGGAAUUCCACCACUGCUUAGGCCUAAGGUGUGGUUUUCUUUAUCUGGGGCUGCCAAGAAGAAGUCUACCGUGCCUGAGAGCUAUUACGAUGAUCUCUUAAAGGCUGUUGAGGGAAAGGUCACACCCGCCACUCGACAGAUUGAUCAUGACCUUCCACGAACCUUUCCAGGUCACCCAUGGUUGGAUACUCCAGAGGGCCAUGCUGCACUUCGACGUGUUCUUGUUGGAUAUUCUUUUCGUGACUCUGAUGUAGGCUAUUGUCAGGGUUUAAAUUAUGUUGCAGCAUUAUUGUUGCUCGUAAUGAAAACAGAGGAAGAUGCAUUUUGGAUGCUUGCUGUCCUUUUGGAGAACGUCUUGGUCAAUGACUGUUAUACUACUAAUCUAUCAGGGUGCCAUGUUGAACAAAGGGUCUUUAAGGAUUUACUUGCAAAAAAGUGUCCUAGCAGGAUAGCCACUCAUCUUGAAGCAUUGGACUUUGAUGUUUCCCUUGUCGCCACUGAAUGGUUUCUAUGCCUUUUUUCUAAAAGUUUACCGUCAGAGACAACUCUGCGAGUUUGGGAUGUCCUUUUCUAUGAGGGGGCAAAGGUGCUAUUUCAUGUUGCCUUGGCUAUAUUUAAGAUGAAGGAAGAUGAGUUGCUUUUAACUCAUCAUGUAGGGGAUGUAAUUAACAUUUUACAGAAAACUACUCAUCACCUCUUUGACCCCGAUGAACUGUUGACGGUGGCCUUUGAUAAGAUAGGUUCAAUGACAACCAAUACUAUUUCUAAGCAGAGAAAAAUACAAGAACCAGCUGUGAUGGCAGAGCUCGACCAAAGAUUGAGACGGCUUAAUUCGUUAAAAUUGGAGGACAAAUAGCAUCAUCCGCUGUGUCAACACGGAUCGAAAUUGUAGAAUGCCACCAUGCAUGCAUCUUCUAGGUGGUUUGUUGCCCUCGAAAGAUUUACGGAGAAGGAGCUUGAAUCUGUGCCUUUCCUGUUUGUUUCUGCAUGGGAAACAAGUAGAACCAAGUAGAAAGUGAGUGCCUGUUGUUUUCAGGAUUUUGUAGGUGAUAAAUGUAUAUGUUCUUAAUAUUACCCGUAUAACCUGGUUAAACAUACAUGAAGAAAAUCAGGGCAUUGUUGUUGCAUUAAUGCAACUAAUAUGCCCUUUAAUUCCUUUUUUUUCCCCUUAAAUGUUAUAUAGUGUAAAAUUGUAAUGGGACUAAAAGUUAUAUUCCUAUGAAAUACGUUUUUUUAUUGUAA